ACGCGUCGCCGUCGGUCUGGACUUCGCCGGAAUCCACAUCCAGCACGCACACCUCCAGCACUUGUCUCCUUUCCGACCGUUUGCUUUACUAUGAGUAUGAGCGCCUGCAUUCCCGUGUAGAACGCCCUGACCGACUGUCCGUUCGAGGAAGGUGCUCAUUUUACUGGCUAUUUCGAGGCUUGUGUCAGAAAAGUUCUUUAGCCUUUUAGGCCGCGGAGCAACAAUAUUGAUUUACAUUGUUGGGUUCAUCGGUAUAUCGCCAGGCUGUGCUUCCAGCCAGAGCUACCAACAGCGACUGGCUGGUAACAGUAUUAUUGCUCACCGCUGAGCUGGUGAAGAUAAGUGGUGUGGAGGCGAGAGCAGCAAGUCGGCCUGUGCCGGAUUCCGGGUCUGAGUUGAGUGGACAGCACUGGGCAGGCAUGACGGAUCGAUCUGCAACCGAGAAGAUGUGUGUGGCGUUGCUUGACGUGUGCUUCAACCUCCCACUCGUGCAGCUGCUAGUUCAUCUGCCAUCUGCAACUCGGAACCUUUCAUUGUCGGAUACUGUAAUAGCCGGGUCACAGUGCAGUCCACAAUACCAGAAUUCCGAUACCAACUACUCCAUAGGCAAUGCUAGUGUUCUGCUUGGAUCAGCGGACAACAGUAGACUUCUUUCAGUCACUUGUAGGAAUCAAGAACUCUUGGAGAGCAACCAAUCAAUCGAAGGCUUCCUCUCACCGACCCCUGACAGCGAGUGUGAUGUUUCUAAACUCUCUUGUGUGUGGCUGGCAACAUCAGCCAACCAUGAUAAUGAAACGUCUGAAUCCUACAUGGCACACGCCAACAGGACCGGGAAUCAGACGACGGCGGAGUCGCCUAUUGUGCUUCGCUGCGCUGAUGACUAUGCUCUCUCUGCUCUAAGUGUUAUGGACAACGGAUCGGUUUCCUUCACAUGUUCCUCUUUUGCUAGCAAAAACCACAACCACACCGGCAAUUACACAAAUGAAAACCACAGCGGCAAUUACACAAAUGGAAGUACUCCUUUCCUCUGCGGCAUCUCAGAACCAUCCGCCGUCAUAGCAAAUUUUCAGAUACUCUGUGCUUUCAUGGCUAUGUUAUCUGUUGCAUUGACCAUUAUAAUAUUGAUGAUGGUGUACUCCUCCAUUGAUGAUGCCAAUGAGCGGUCAGAGCACUGUAGAGUGCGGGUUUCUAUCAAGAUCGGAGUGUUUGCCAACCUUCUUCUGCUCUACAUCAUGUAUAGCAUCUCUGCUAGUCAGCCAGUUUUCUCAAUUAGCUGCUUCAUCGUCAUAGUGAUCCGAACAUACGUGCUGGGAGCAUUUAGCGCCUGGUGCAUUCUCGAAGGCUACAAUCUGCAUCGCACUACCAUGAACGUCUUCACAAGUCCACCCAGACAUUUGUUCUGAAAUGCAUUGCCAUUGGGCAAGGUACACCGCUGCUAGUUGUUGGGACGGCGGUGGCAAUAUUGGGACGCUCAUUUUCUAGUGAACGGCAUCAUUCGUGCAGCCUGGUCGGUAUCGCCCGCUACAGUCUCGGCAUAGCAAUGCCAAGUGUGUUCAUUGCCAUCAACCUGUUUGUCUUUGGAAAGAUUGCUCUGGUGUUGAGACGGCUGCAUAAGAAAAACCACGCUGAUGCAGCCAAAAGAAUUAUAAAGCAAGCCAAUAGCUCUAUCGUGCUGUUCUUUAUACUGGGCCUUGGCUGGCUGCCCUCACUCAUUAUCGCAAUCGUGGAUUGCCCGGCAUCAUUUGCUGUGCACUACUACCCAAUUGUGGCACUCCCGAUCCAUUCUGCUGCCAUCAUUGUGUUCCAUGUGAGAAAUGAGUGGGCCUCUAUCGCAAAGUGCUUGCGUUGUGUGCAAUCCCGCACUCGGCUUGCCUCUGUCCUCUCCACCAGAAUGAAUGAUACAGAAAUGUCCUCUGGAGGCUGUAUCGUGAGCAGCAGGAACAGCAGCAGCAAACGAUACAGUAAUCAAGGGCCUGGUCCCACGCACAUUUCCUGAUAAGAAGUGUAAGAAUCAUGACUACUCAGUUCCAAGUGCUUUCAUCAUUUUCCCCAACAGCCCUAACUCUGGAUCUGUUUGUUCUUUCAAGUACAAUAAAGCCGUUACGAAUUUUGGAUUUAUCCAGGUCCUUUUGAUUGCUUUUCUUAAAUUGUUGUAGCCUCGCCGCCCCUUUAGAAAUAUGUAUUGCCUUUUUUUUUCCUCAGUUGAGUCCUUCACCAGUAUUAUAAUUACUUUGCUUUAAGGCAUGAAACUUGGGAGUAAGGACAGCUCCACCCGAUAUUUCCACUACAUCUAAAUGUGAUAAGGCUCUGUAGUGUUUGCUAGUUGGUACUUGCAUCAUGAUGCAAUCCUUUAUAUUAUUUGACUCAGCUUCCUUUUCUUGCA